AAGGAGUCUUUUGUAAAGAUCUUUAAAAUGAAUUGAUUAAAUAAUUUUGGCCUGUAGAGGCCUUUCUGCUAGACUUUAGAACAUUUUAAUAAACUUAAGAAAGAUUUUCUGACGAAGAAAAAACCAUUUUUGACAUAUAAACAUAUAAACCGACGCUUCAUUAAAAUUCUGGCAAAAAUGGAUCGAAAUAAAGAAUUCUUACCUGCAAGGACUGAAUACCAGCAAUUCUUCGUAGAAAAGAAAUUGUGCAAGAUACUCUGUGUAGAGAUCUUGCAAGGAAUUACAAUCACUCGAGGAAAAAUUAAAGAUUGGUUGUACAAACCAGAUCCUUAUGUACGUGUACGUGUGGUGGGUACACCUAACCCUGUACAAGAAACUGCACAUGUACCUAACACCACAACACCAAGAUGGGACGAAUCCUUUCAGUUUGCCAUCGAUCCAGAAAGAGACAGAUUUAUAGAGUUUGUCUUGAUCGAUAAGAAUCUUGCAGUGAACGAGGAAAUUGGAAGAGAAAUUAUAGAUUUUGAAAAUACACGAAAGCAUCCUCAUAACACCAUAAUUACUUUUAGAAACGGAUCUAAAAUAGAAGUGAAGUUGGGAUUGAUAGAUAAUCCUGAAACUGAUAUGAGAUUUGAUUUAUCUCUGUGUGCAAAAGAACUUGAAUUCCUGGAGAAACGAGAUGUUGUUGUUCAAAAUGGAAUCAGAUCAUUCCUGAAAAGAGAAAUUGAACCUAACAGAAAAGAGGAUAAAAGGGGAGGGGAAGAGAAGGUAGACUGGGAAGAGAAGGUAGACUGGGAAGAAAAGGUAGACGGGGAAGAGAAGGUAGACUGGGAAAAGAAGUUAGACUGGGAAGAGAACGGGGAGAUGAAAGAGAGGAAGGAAAAAGAAAGGGGAGAAGAAGAAGAAUGUCCAGAAGAAGCUAAGACAAAGGGCUCAGCAAAUAAACCAGAUGCUAUCUCCUUUAAAGAUCUUGAUGCUGUGAAUACAAAUGAUAAAACAGAUAAAUCACUUACAAAUUCAUCUUCUCUACAGUCAUCCAACCAACUAAAUCCGUCCAAGAGAGAUCAAGUUCUUAAAUCAAAACUAGAUCAUGACAACGAGAUCUUGGAAGAAAACAAAUCAAUUGACGACGAUCUGAAGAUUAAAUUAAAUGAUGAAGUAAAGAAUAAUGAAGGAGGGAAGAUUGAAAAUGAAAGGAUUAAUUAUGAUGAAGGAAAAAGUGAUGAUGAAGGGAAGACUGCUGAUGAUCUGAAGAGGAUAAUGAAUAAUGAAGGGAAGACUGCUGAUGAUCUAAAGAGGAUAAUGAAUAAUGAAGGGAAGACUGCUGAUGAUCUGAAGAGGAUAAUGAAUGAUGAAGGGAAAAAUGAUGAUCAUCUGAAGAUGAUAUUGAAUGAUGAAGGGAAGCAUGAUGAUGAUCUGAAGAUGAAUUUGAAUAAUGAAGGGAAGAAUGAUGAUGAUCUGAAGAUGAUAAUGAAUAAUAAAGGGAAGCAUGACGAUGAUCUGAAGAUGAAUUUGAAUGAUAAAGGAAAUAAUGACGAUGAUCAGAAUAUGAUUUUGAAUGCUGAAGGGAAGAAUGAUCAUGAUCUGAAGAGGACAACGAGUGAUGAAGUUAAGAAUAAUGAUGUUCUGAAGAUGAUAAUGAAUGAUGAAGGGAAGACUGCUGAUGAUCUGAAGAUGACUUUGAAUGAUAAAGGAAAGAAUGAUUAUGUUGUGAAGAUGAUAAUGAAUGAUGAAGAGAAGAAUGAUUUUUUGAAGAUUAUAAUGAAUGAUAAAGUAAAUAAUGAUGAUGAAGAACUGAUAUUUGUUCCUCCAUUGUCAACUCCGGAGGCAUCUUUAAGUACUUCCCCGACUUCACAGUACACUUCUCUACAAAACACACCAACAACACAAGAAAGUUUUUGCUUUGAAAGACAAUCCUCGCUUGAUAGUCCUGAACCUUUCGAAACAUCGUGUCCAGAUUCCAGACCUAAUCAAGAAAGUAUUAUUCAGCCUAACGAAGAAACAUUGAAAAACUCAGAAAUAUAUGGAAAGCUAGCAGAGAACUGUGCAAAAAAUAAUUCCAAAUUCAAUUGUGAGGCCAAAGGAAGUUUUGGUGUUAAAAUACAGUUAUUAAGAAGAAAAGAGUUCGAAAUUGUCGGUUCUAUUGAAUCAUCAACUUGUAAAGAUGAAAUUACAUCCAGUAGCUCAAUACAUGUACAAUACCGAAGAGAAAAACUUGUUUUUAAUAAAAACUUUAUAAAAACUACGGAUAAAAUAACAUACCCAGAGGAGUUAAAAGAAGAAGCACUAGUUACAAUAGGAAACAACCUACCUUUGAAAAUACCAAUGAAAGUUUCCCCCAGCUACGAGGACGAUUGUAAAGUCCAGUUCAAAGAGACACUAGCGUUAAAUCAAAGAAUGAAUUCGGAUCUAACCUUAACUCAAGAUAUUCACAAGAUAACCCAAGAAAACAAUCAACAUUUGCCUCCGAGGAAAUUCCUCAAAAUCUCCUCCGAAAACGAUCCAAAAUGUCGGAUGGAAAAAACGAUGCCACGAAUUGCCUUGAUGACUUCAGGAGGUGGAUUCAGAGCGAUGAUAGCGCACAGUGGUGCAUAUAAGACUCUGCAAGACAAUGGAGUGCUGGACUGUAUACAUUACACAGGAGCUCUUUCUGGGUCCUCUUGGUACCUUUCAACUCUAUAUACUCAUCCAAAAUUCCCCAGCCCUGAAGCUGCGCAUGAUAUUAUCCCUGAGUUAAGAAACUGUGUUGAGAGAUACUGGCAGGUCCAUCUUUCCCCACCCUGGUCUUCCAGGUAUUUGAAAAAAAUAAUAAAAAAGUCAGUGAUGGGGCAACCUGUUGGUUUUACUGAUUUUUUUGGAUAUCUGGUUGGAGAACAGUUACUCACGGGGCGUAUGAAGAGUAAACUGAGCGAACAAGGAACUCAUCUAAAGGAUGGUCAAGUAGCUCUCCCUCUAUACACCUGCUUACACGUCAAGAAAAAUAUUUCAGCUAAAGUAUUCCAGGAAUGGUAUGAAUUUACUCCAUUUGAAGUAUGUAUUCCGAAGUAUGGAGUGUCAAUGCCAAUGGAAAAGUUCGGAUCUAAAUAUUUUAUGGGAACUACUGUCUCUAAACAUACGGAGGUUCCUCUACAUUAUCUGUAUGGGAUCUGGGGGAGUGCCUUCACUAUUCUCUUCAAAAGAUUGUUGUAUGAGAAGGGAAGGAAGGGGGAGACAGAUUUACAACUAUUGAACAGGAAGAACUCCGCAAUUGGAAACCAGAUUGAACAGGAUGGCUUAAACAUGUUUUCUUUACACUCAGAAUCCCGAAACAUGAUUGCUGAAACCUCACUUGAAAGAAGAAGAAGGCUAAAAGGAGUUGUUGGCGUAACAAUGGAGGAUCUUCUUCUUUUUGAAGAAGAUUAUGAUGAUGAUUUCAGACUAGGGAUUAAUGAAGAUUAUGUUGACGUUUUGAGCGUUGAUUCUGAUAUGGAUGAUGAACUGGAAAAUACUGGAAGAGAUUUUAAUCCAACUGCAACUGCUAGUACAGGGAAUCUUCCCUCUCCUAUUGUCCCCGGGACAAUUCCUUUAUUAGGCCUUGGUUCCUCUCCUGGUCCAGGGACCACUAAUCGGCCAGGAAGCCAGGGCUCCCUCUCUGGUCCAGGGCCCACUAGUCCAGGAAGCCAAGGUUCACCCUAUGGUCCAGGGACCACUAGUCCAGAAAGCCAGGCUUCCCCCUCUAGUCCAGGGACCACUAGCCCAGGAAGCCAGGUUUCCCCCUCUGGUCCAGGGACCACUCGUCCAGGAAGCCAAGGUUCUCCCUCUGGUCUAGGGACCACUAGUCCAAGGAUCCAAGGUUCCCCCUCUGGUCCAAGAACCAAAGGACCUAGAACUCCUGUUUCACCAACUGUCCCUUCAAGCCCCUUGGACCUACCUUCACAAUCAGGAUCUGAAGAUCACAGUUCUCAAGAACUUCAGGGUUCUCAUGAUCCCAAUCAUGAUAAUCAACCCUUGUCUGAUCAAUUACGAGAAAAUGAUAAAAGCUUCUCGAAGCCAUCACCCGCAGGAAAGAAAACACUAAGGCGAAGAUUCAAAAGUUUCAGAGAAACCUUCAUAACGCGGAAAGAACACAGGGAGGAGUUGGAAGGGUCUGGGCUCUCAAGGAUGUUAGAAAGAGCUCUGUCCAUCAGCUCUUUGGAUAGCAGAGCAGGUCGUGCUGGGCUUAUACACAAUCCUCUCAGAGGCCUAACCAUUGGAGAAAACUUCCCUGGGUAUCCAUCAUCCCCGUGUAAACCAAUGGAUAUACAAGGAGACAGUGACUUCAAAGGAUAUAGGGAAGCCUCUCAAACCGACGAGAAAAAAAUCUAUCUGGUUGAUAGUGGUCUCAGCUUUAAUCUACCAUUCCCAACCCUUCUCAGACCAGAGCGCAAUGUGAUGCUUUAUCUUGUAUUUGACUACAGUAGCAGACUCACAGAUCUCACGCAACCUUUUAAGGAAAUCUUGUUGUCUGAGCAGUGGGCAAACCUUCAUAAAAUACCAUUUCCUAGAAUCAAGUCAAGAAUGAAGGAGCUGGCGUCCCUUCCUCUAGAGGAGUGCUACGUGUUCAAGGAACCUCAUGAACCAAACUGCCCUGUUAUUGUUUUCUUUCCACUUGUUAACAAGGGAUUCAAAGAAUAUUCAGCGCCCGGUGUUCCAAGACUAACUGAUGAUGAAAAAGAAUUUGGGAACUUUACAAUAUUUGAUAAUAAUAGUGAUUAUGCAAUUUGGAGGUUUGUGUACCCGAACCUGUCGUUUGACCGUCUGUGUAAGAUGAUGGAGUUCAAUGUACUGAAUAACCUUGACAUCAUCAAACAGGAAAUAAAGAAUUUUGCUUCCAGGUUUGAGAUUGACUACUGAAUUUUAAUCAUUUAUUUGAAUUGUUAUUGUAUACAUCUUCCAGUUUGAAUCAUGUUGUUAUGAUAUUCUUCCUUCAUAUUUCAGCUGUUUUUCUAAUUCUACCUACAGUAUAUAUAUCGAAAGCAGUAGGCAUUAAACUUUCUUAAUUGAUGCAGAGAUAUUCAAGCUUUACUUUUUUCUUUUAAAGGGACUGUACGCGUAAUCUCAAGUGAUCCUUCAUGCAAAGAUGAUGACUUCCGAUAUUCAACAGUAUCCUUGAAUCCUUUAACUGGUUAAUAUAAAUUAUAAAAAAUAUUUAUAAUUUUUAAAUUGAUUAUUUUUAAUUGUGGUUUCACUGCAGAAUUGACUUGCGCAUUUCUACUGUAGGACAACAUGUAGGAAUUAAACCCUUUUAAUUUUAGAAAAACUACAAUAUCUUCCCCUAGAAGACAAAGGUUUCAAGGGUACCGUUGUGAAUCGAACAUUGGCAUCUUUGCAUAUAGGUUCACUUGAAAGUUCGCCUACAACCCCUUUUAGGGAUUUUAUCACCUAUUACCAAAUACACUAAUCGCUGAAUCGCUGAGCCUAUCUAUUAAGCAUAUAUUCAUGUUUACGAAUAUAAAUUCUGUUUUUCAUAUUGCAAGAAAGAAUGAUUUAUGCAAUCUUAAUAAUUCUCAUUGUUCGAGAUUCCGAAUAUUUUCUGCGUAUUUAUUUGGAAUGGUCAUAAAUUAAAUUUAUUAUAAGUGCUCUUUUAUAAAAGUAAAUUGAAAGUGCUCAACCAAAUUAUUUGAUUACACAUUUUAGAAAAUAAAAUGAAAAGCCCAUGGAAUUAAAACAAUGGAAUGCAUUUGUAUAAUUAACAAAUUAUUAAAUUUAUUUGCUUUGAAGUUUGAAAUAUUUUUGUUAUAUUUAAAGUUUGAACUUCAGAGUAAUGUUAAUCAAGCUCUCGGCUUACCUUAAAGUGACUGUACACACACUUUCAAGCGAUUCUUAAUGAAGAAAUCCCAGUUGUUCUAUAUAACAAUCAAUACUUUCCUAUAAUGUGGUUUCUUAGUGACUCGAUCUAUGCUAAAGAGGCAACAAUUGAAAUUCAUCGAAUUUUUAUUCAACAACUUUUAAGAUAAAAACGACGCUUAACUGUGCUU